AUGCCUACAUUCACAAAUACACAAUCUUCCUCGGGAGCUGCAAGUUCCGCGCCACAGUUUUCUCCAAUUACGAGAGAUCAUAUACUAAACUGUUCCUAUGACUCUUGGUUUCCGAAAUACCGAACUUCAUGUAUCAAAUCACGGAUAAUCCCAUUAUCACCGGAGUUUGUAGAGUACAUCCGUGAGGAUGGUAUCGUACUUGCGGACGAUGACGGAGCUGAACCAGAGGAUGAUGAAUGGGAGUCGGCGCCUUCAACCUUUCGGCCACCCGUCGAGGAAGUCGAGUCGGAUUCUGAUAGCGACGAGGAAGAUGAAGAGCCGAAGCUCCCGCCAAACCAAAGAUUUCCGGAGCUACACCAAGCGAUCAAGGACAAGAUCACAGAACUAGGCGGCGCGGUAGCCCCGAAACUGAACUGGACAGCACCCAAAGACGCAACUUGGAUAUCACCACACCAGAACACCAUUAAAUGUACCAGCCCCAAUGAUGUAUACCUACUACUCAAGAGUUCCAACUUCAUCACCUACGACCUCGAACACGCCUUCGAUGACUGUACACCCACCGGCACCUCUAACACCACCAACAAUCCCUCUUCUAACGGCCCCCCUCCCUUCAAACCUGUCCUCGUACUCCGUUCCUACUUCAACCCCCACACAGCAAUGGAAUUCCGAUGCUUCGUCAAGCACCGAAACUUAAUCGCCAUCUCACAGCGCGACCUAAAUUACUACGAAUUCCUCAAAUCGCUACGCACCGAGAUCGUCGCGCGCAUAGCGCAGCUCUUCAACCACAAGCUGCGGUACACGUUCCCCGACGGGUGUUUCGCGUUCGAUGUGUACAUACCCGAGUCCGAGGAGGAGAAUGAGACGCUGAGUCGUGCGCGCUUGAUCGAUAUUAAUGCUUGGGCCCCGCAUACGGAUAGUUUGUUGUUUGAUUGGAGGGAGUUGUUGGAUAUGGAGGUUCCGGGGCCGGUGCUUGGUGUUAUGGGAGGUGAGGAAGUGGAGGAGAGUGAAGACAGUGAUAGUGAGAGUGAGGAGGAUGGGGAUGAUGAUUUUGUGCCCGAGUUGAGACUCAUUGAGAAAGAGGACCCGGCUGCGUUCAACUUUAGCUCGCCUCAGUACUCGGCACAUAAGUUGCCGAAGGAUGUUGUUGAUGCUAGUUUGGCUGGCGAGGGUGGUAUGCGUGAUUUCGCGCGCAAGUGGAGGGAGAUGACGGAGUAUAGGGAGAAUGUGGCGAAUUGGGAGAGGUGA